CUGCGCAGGCCCCGGAUCCGGGGUUUAGCGCUGGGGAGGUUGCGUCGCACCUGGAGCCUCCGUUCCUGCCUCCCCCUCUCUGCCCGGCCCGGCCCGCGGAGCCCGCGCCGCAGACAUGGGAAAAUCACUUUCUCACCUGCCUAUGCAUACGUGCAAGGAAGAUGGCUAUGAUGGAGGCACAGUGUCUGAUAAUAUGAGGAAUGGGUUAGUUCACUCAGAAUCGCACAACGAAGAUGGCAGAUGUGGAGACGUAUCGCAGUUUCCCUAUGUGGAAUUUACGGGAAGAGACAGCGUCACCUGCCCGACUUGCCAGGGAACAGGAAGAAUUCCACGAGGGCAGGAAAAUCAGCUGGUAGCAUUAAUUCCAUACAGUGAUCAGAGACUGAGGCCAAGAAGAACAAAGCUCUACGUGACUGCUUCUGUAAUUGUAUGUUUACUACUUUCUGGACUGGCUGUAUUCUUCUUGUUUCCUCGUUCAAUCGAUGUUGAAUACAUUGGUGUGAAGUCAGUAUAUGUCACUUAUGAACAGGGUAGACGUAUAAUAUAUCUAAAUAUUACGAACACACUAAAUAUAACAAACAACAACUAUUAUUCUGUUGAAGUGGCAAAUAUCACAGCCCAAGUUCAGUUUUCAAAAACAGUUAUUGGCAAAGCACGGCUAAACAACAUCACCAACAUUGGUCCUCUGGACAUGAAACAGAUUGACUAUAUGGUGCCCACAGUCAUACAAGAUGAAAUGAGCUACAUGUUUGACUUCUGUACUUUAGCAUCUAUCAAAGUGCAUAACAUAGUAGUGAUGAUGCAAGUGACAGUGACAACUUCUUACUUUGGCCACUCUGAGCAAAUAUCCCAGGAGAGAUACCAGUAUGUGGACUGUGGAGGAAACACAACCUACCAGCUGGGCCAGUCAGAAUAUUUAAAUGUACUUCAGCCCCCGCAGUAAAAGCACCUGUUGGUUAGUGUGGAAUGACUGCGGUUGAUGCUUGCAGAGAUCCUUUGAAUAGGACUGGUACUACGUGAAGGGGAGAGUACGUGCAUGUAAAGCAUAGCGAACAUGGUGACCCGUUCACUUUAGAUGCAAGGAGGGAAAAGGUGCAAAAUGUAUAUAGAUGCACUUGUUAAAUGUCGUGUUUUCCCCUUCUGUUUGCUUUUUAUUACUGUAAGCACUUCUGUCAAGUUGUGUGGUGGGAGGGAGAGGGGGAACAUCAGAUUCUUGAACUGAAUUGGGACCUUUCCUCACAGUGUGGUACGUCAACUUAGAGUAACUGUGUGUGUGUCUGUGUUUAGGUGAAAUGUGUCACUAAUGAGCGUUUUAGAAAAAUUGAUACUCAUAAACUUUACGUUUAUACUUCAUUUCUUGGUAUUUGCUAUUGAAACUGGCAGUAUUACUACUUAAGUAAUAAGAUUACUUUGAGGUAUCUGGGUGUGAAACUUCUAUUAGUAAACCGGUGGCAAUAGCUCUUUAAUUUGGGAUUCUAAUUUUCAUUUGUUAUACAUGAUUAGAGGUGACGUGCAGCCUGUGAAAGCCAGGAAAGCUCUCUUGGAUGACACUAUAUUUGAAUGUGGAAUUUCUAGAAUCUGGCAUCUUUUCAUUCAUAUUCCCUCCUGCUACCUCUGGGAUGUUAUAAGGAGAACGUACGUUACUAGAUUUAGAGUUGUGUUUAAAAACAAAAUAAAAACCAACCCCCAGAGGAAAAAUUCAAGAUUGUAGAAGAUGUAUGGGUAAAAAAUUUGACUGUGUCAUUCUACCUUUUUUUUUUUUAGCAGACUUUUGAGUACAGCUAUUAAAAUCAAGAUUGUGCAGUUUGAACUAGGUGGGAAACUGUUAGAGCAUGGGUUUGGGCAGCUUGAUGUAAGUUUUCAUCAUUUCUAUUGUUUUAAUAUACUGUGUAUCUAAACUACUCGUAAGUGUUAAUUUGUUGGGGUGUCUAUAUUUAGUCUGCAGGCUCAGUAAGCAACACAGUAAUCUGAACCUCCAGAGCACUUGGUUCACAUCAAAAUUAUAUAAGGGAGAAUAAAGCAAUGCUUUCCAUAAGAGUAAAUGCUGAUGUAAUCAUGAGACUGACUUAUUAACAAAGCUAUUAAAUAGUUUUAGUAGGAUAGUUUGCACAGGGAGAAUUUCCGGGGUUAUUAUCAAACAUGGUGAUUGUAAAUUUGGUGUCCAAAGCUGCUUGACUUCUGAAGGCUGACUGUUCUAAGGGUUAGGUACGAGACUUUUUAACUAGAUCAUGAUUGUUUUAUUUCUGAAUUAGAUAAAAUGCAGCUGUAAGAAGAUACCGUUGAGACUGUUGCAUUGUAAUGAAUAAUAUAUUUUUUAAAAUAGAUGUUGUGGUUUUCAUGCUGCCCAUCUCCUGAAAAUAAGCUACAUAAAAUGAAUUAGAAAUAAACACUAUGGAAAAAGGCUCUUGAGUAACUUCUUGCAACUAACAAUCUCUUACGCUCCUGUACUUUCAGUGAAGAUACAUGUCUAAACUAAUUACUCUUUUCUUUAUCGGCCUUUCUUAGGUGGACCUAAUUGGGUGGGGGUGGUGGGGAAAUAUCGAUUAUGUAAGACUGAUUUAAAAGAAAUGAAGUCGCAGUAGAAAAAAAAAACCCACUCCUCUGUUUGAAUUGUUAUGAGAGCUUAUGCUGAAUAUCUAUGAAAAAUUUUGGAAGCUAAACUGUCAGUUUCAUAUAAUUGUUGAUAAGAUGAAGAUGUCAGCUUUUGGCUUUGGAGAACUUCUGGACCUGGACUAGUCAGUUCUGAUGAGUUACUGUAGUUAUGUUCUGAAAAGUAUUCUUGAAUCUGGGCACUAAAAGUAAACCUUCUUUAUUACAGCUUACAAUCGUGAGGGAAACUAGUCCACAAUUGACUUUAAUCUUCCUAGAGUGUAGAUGAGGUUCAGUCCUGUGGCUGAUAGUCUGAAAAGAUACAGGUGAUAACUAAAGGCCGGGAUAGAGAGGAGCUGUCUAGAAGCAGAGAGGUAAACUCUUGUAGAAAGAUUUGUUUAUAUCGGAGAGUAGGGAGAGAAUUCAGGUUUAAAUCAUGUCAGAUCUGAAGUCAGCCAGCAAGUGAUAUGGAUUUUUUUUUUUCCCCUUCUAGGCCUAAGUAUUUACACCUAGAGUGGUUGGGUUUUUUGUUUAGUUUUUGGUUUUUUGAUUUGGCUUUUUGAAGUAGAAAAAGAAGAAAACAUCUCUAGGCAGAUAUUUAUAUCAAUUUAAAACAAAAUUUUUCUUCAAAGGAUAAAGGUAAUCUAAAAAUAACUGGAAUGGCACAAUGAUGAAAUUAUUUGGGGACAGUAGUGAAUGCCGCUUGAACAAGCGUGGAGGGGGGACGUUACACAGUGUUGAGACUCAAGCUGUCCUUUGACAGUUUGGCAGACAUGCUGAGUAAAAUACAUACGUCAAUCUGUGGAUCUUGCCUUGCAUGAAAUGCUUGGUAUUGGCUAAUUUAAAAUAUAGAAUUAUGAGCGGAAUAAUUCUAUGUAUGUGGCGGAAGGGGGAAGAUACAACUCUUCAUGUCUGUCAUCUGGGAUAUCUAAUGCAUGUAAACUUUAACACCAUCAAUUUGUAGUUAGACUUCCUGAAUGACUAAGAGUUCUCACCUUAAAAAAUAAAGGGUGAGGUGAAGAAUCCUAUUGAUGAAUCCUCAAAUUAAGUCAGUUAUAGGAGAAUCAGGCUUAAGGUUCUGCGUGUGCUUGUAUAUCCUUGUAAAACUGUCAGCUUAUUACUAACCAAACAAGGCAAGUAUUUGAAUUUACUCAUUUUAAUGUAGCAUCUCAUCUCAUAUGAGGUCAGCAUCUCAUAAACAGGUCAGCAUCUGUUUGAAUGUUUAACUUAGACUUGAUUUCUGUGGUGGAGCUUGGAAAUAUGCUAAGGGAGCAAGGGAAGUCAGUAUUAACUUGUAUAACUCUUUAAACAAGCUAUGAGAAUAGAGCCGAGUGACAGACCUGUAAUUAUCACACUUUCAUUUUUUUAUCUUGAUUUUAAAAUAAAAAAGGCAAGCCUUUCAGUUCACUGUAAAUCAAUAAGUACAAAUUCUCUCCAGAAGGUCAACUUGAAGAAUCGUAAUUUUUUUUUAUGGUUUGUUUUCCUGUAUAUGAGGUAGUUCCUGAAGGACUUCUGAAGUGAUUUCACUUGUAACUUCCCCAUAAUCUUCAAAAACUAUCAAAUAUGUAUAUGCUGGCACUGUAGUGUUGUGUUUCAAGGGAUUUAUUUCUAGUAUAAUUCUUUUCACUUGAAUGCUUUGUAGCAAUUCCUGUACCAAAACCUGUUGCACUUUAAAAUGAAAGCUCUGUUUGUUUUCUCUUAAAACAGUGGUCCAAAUGUUGCACUGUAAUGGCACAAUUGAAAAACAAAACUUAAUGUAUUCUGUAUAAAAUAACUGUAAAACUUCAAAACCAUUACUUAAGGUAAAUUAACAUGGAACACUAAAAUGUGUAAGAAUGUUGGCUAUUUGGGUAUUCUGACAUGAAAAACAGAACUAUUUUAUAUUUUAAAUAUGAUGCUUAUCAUAUUUUAAAUAUGAUGCUUUAAAAAUAAGUGAAUGAAUAAAGCCACCAAACAAACUCAAAAGAUCUAACCAUCAAAUAUCCAUUUGGAGAGAUUUAAAGGGAAGCGCUAUUACUAAAAAAAGUGUGGUACCUGACACUUACUCUUGAAUUCCUGGUGUGGGGAAAAGCCUGUAGAAGCUCAUUCAUAACUUCUUUACUCAUUGUGAUUAUUGAGGGGACAGUUGCUUAAUUCUUAACCUUUUGUGAAGACGAGCGUAACUUUUUCCUGCGUGGUGCAGCUUUGAAGUUCUUAAUGCACUUCUGAUUUGUGCGUGACCUUGAUAUUAACAUUGUGGUGUUUAUAUUUUGCAGCCUUCUGUUGGCAGACUUAAAUACAUGCCUUAGUUGACUUUGCUCCAAAUUGUCCUUGAAGUUCUGCAAAUAAAUACAUUUUUUUCGUAGUUGUACAUUGCAAACACGACUGGGUUUUUUAGCGUGUGGUGUAUAAAGCUAGCCAUUUAAGCACUGAAUCUCUAAGUGCUUGGAUUGAACUGUUGAGGUCUUCAAGCAUCUGACUGAAGUGUUAUGCCCUCAUGAUGGGAAGGAUAGUGGUUGGAGUAGUAUGCAAAAGAUUUCUAGAUUCAGAAAAUGUUAAAAGAAAAAAGGUUAUUUCUUAUUUAGCAUUUGAGGCUUCAUUUUUUUUUUUUUUCCUUUGUGGGUUUUCUUUUUUUUUUGGUGGUGAUGGGGUGGUUAGUUGUGAUCUUACUUUUCUUCUCACCCCCCAGAUCUAUAGUGGGACAUCUAUCUGUUCCCAGGCAGCAUCUUCUGAAAUCAGUGACUUGUUUCAGAGUUGGGCAGCUACCUGAAGCUUAACAGCAGUUGGACUGGCCCGUGAGAGUUAAGAGAUAAGUAAGACUAGCAGUAAUACCUCUGAAAACUAAUUACUUUUUUUUUACUUGCCCGUAUAACAAAAUGCCACAACCCUGACAAUACUGCCAGGCUUACUGUUACUUCUGAAAGGGAAAGAUAAGUAAUGGAAGUGCAACCAAUGUACUUCAAUAAUGGACUGCUGCAACCAGCAAAACGUUUGUUGGUGUCGGCCCCGAUCAUGCCAAAAAAUCUAGGUUGUUUUUUUGGCUUUGGGGGGAAGGUUUAAAACCCAAGCCAAAACCCAAUGAAAACACGUUGAAAACAAUAAUUUGGAUAUGAUAAAAACAUCCAGUGUUUGUCUACUUGAGAAGUCACCUUCCUAUUUUACCUUGAGCUGGGGAAUUCUGGUCAUUGCCAGCGGGGUAGUUUGGGGUAGCUUGUUCUGCUGCCCUACAGAUUUUGUCAUGUAAACCUGCUUUUCAGCCCAUAAGCAGGCCUGUUUUACAGGAGCAGUUGCCUGCAAGGAAUCUGCAAUUAAAGUUAGCGUUGGGCCCUGCGGCACAGUGCGGGACUGUUUGGAGGCAGUAACAGGCUGGUUCUCGUACUGUCCCCUUCCACCAGCCGUCAUAAGGGUCUUACAACCUGGAUACCUACGUCUUUUGGGUACUGAAACUGCUUUUACUUUGUAUGAGCAGGGAUAUUUAGUGCCAGACAUGCAAGUAUAUUAUGAUGCCUGAAUAUUUAGGGUCUGACUGUCAGUGAUUUAGUUCUUUUUCUUGUUUUGUUUAAGGAAGCAAACUUAACCACUGUUAACAUCCACUGUACAGAGUGUGCAUAUAAUAGCUUGAGAUAUGUAUAGAAAUACUAAUGAGUGAUAACUAUUUUUGUAAUUUAAGAAUUGUAAACUGUUGUUCUUGUAACUGUGUAGCAAACAAUCUAUUAACUUAAGCAUGAUAAACACUAUAUAAGUCAAGGGGUAUUUGGGAAUGACUUGUGGGAGACAGAAGCUACCUUAAUGUAAGUUAACUGGGGCAAGGGAUUUUGUUAUCUAGAGGUUCAAAACCUGGAGUUAAUUUCAUUAUGAAUAUGUUUCUAGACAGGAUUGUUUGACUCAAAGAAUGGUAUUAAAUUUUCUAUUAAAAAAAUCUUGGGUCAUGUAUCUCUCUUUUUAAACUGACUUAAUAUUUUUCUCUCCUCCUUCACUCUGCCACAAGCUUUCCCCCUAUCUCCCCAUAUUUUUUUUUACACAAGCCUACAUGUAUUUUCAAUGGCAUGAUUUCAAUUUUUGUAACUACUGGCAUUCCAUGAUGUCUAAUUUUUUUUUUAAUAUUGUGUUUUAUCUUAAGUCCACAAUAAACUGGAGUAUCUGAAAGCUAA